AUGGUUGCAAAAUCGAAAAAACCGAGAUCACAAACUUCUACUCCAACGAAAGCUGAACUUCUUUUUAAAGUUGGCAAAGAUAUUCCAAAAUGGUAUUCACUUGAUAUUUCUUCACCAUUAAAAACUAAUAAAGAAAAAUAUGAUAAACAACAAUGUCAAGAAAUUUAUCAAUCAGAAUGUGAUCUAUAUCAAAAAUUCUAUCAACAAGAUCAAUCAUCUGAUUAUCAAUGGUUACAAACAUCACUUUCAACUACAUCCAAAGAUCGUCUUGCUUCUUUAGUUACAUUAAUUCGUCGUUCACCUAUUCAUGCAUUAAAAGAACUUGAAAAUUUAGUAAAUCUUUUACGAUCAAAUAUUCAACAUCGUCGAGAAGCAUUAACAAUUGCUGAGAUUCUCGAAGAUCUUUUUAUUAAUACCUAUUUACCGGAAAAUCGUCGUUUAGUACCCAUAACUCAACAAUUCAAUACAAAGGAAACAGCUGCACUUGCAGUCGUUGAAGAAAAAAUUAAACAACUUUAUUCAAAUUUUAUUGAUUUACUUCAACAAAUAGCACAUGAUCCAAUUGGUCCAAUACGUACUAAAGCAGUAUCUAUGCUUGAACGUUUAUUAUCUCAACGACCUGAACAAGAAAAACGUUUACUUGAAUUAAUUGUUGAUAAAUUAGGUGAUCCAGAUUCCAAUGUUGCUGCUAAAACACUUCAUUUAUUAAGUCAACUUUUGGAGAAACAUCCAGGAAUGCAAACUGUUGUUGUUAAUGAAAUUGAACGACUUCUCUUUCGACAAAAUAUUCGUCAAAGUGCACAACAUUAUGCUUUAUGUUGUUUAACAGCAAUAAAAUUUACAAGUCAAGAUAAUAAUUUAGCUAAUAAAUUAAUUAAAAUUUAUUUUGCUGUCUUUCGAUUACUCAGUGUUAAAGAAGAUGUUAGUUCAAAAUUUUUUGCAAUACUUCUAAGUGGUGUUACACGUGCUAUUUCGUUUGCUCAAGUUGAUCUUGAUAAUAUAAUUGAACAUCUCAAUGAUUUAUUCCGUAUUGUUCAUUCAACCAAUUUCAAAACAAGUGUUCGAGCAUUACAAUUACUUUUUCGUCUUUCUGAACAACGAUCAGAAAUUGAUGAUCGAUAUUAUAAUGCAUUAUAUAAAAAACUUUCUGAACCAGAAUGGAAAAAUUCUAAAAUGCUUUCAACAUUUCUUAAUCUUAUAUUUAAAUCUAUGUUAAAAGAUUCAAUGGAAGCACGAAUAAGAGCAUUUAUUAAACGUUUAUUACAAUUAUGUCUAUUUAAUGAUGUACCAUUUAUUUGUGGUAUACUUUUACUUAUAUCUGAAAUUGUUAAACGACAUUCAAAUGGUCAAACAUUACUUUUAUUUUCACAAAAAUCUAGUUUUAUCAAUGAAAAACUAACUGAAAAUGGAGGUGAUGAUGAUGAUGAAGAAGAACAUUUCCAUGAUGUUGUUCCCGAAGAUGAACAACCAUUACAAAUCGUACCUGAAGUAUCAUCAUGGGAUCAUAAAAAAAUAAAUAAAACCAAUCAAACUUAUCUCAGUCAUUAUGAUAUGUUUAAACGUAAUCCAUUAUAUUGUGGAAGUGAAUAUACAUGUUUACAUGAAUUAUUAUUUCUUAAAAAUCAUUCUCAUCCAAGUGUUGCUUUAUUUGCUCAAAAUAUUUUCGAUGGUAAACCUAUCGAAUACAAUGGUAAUCCAUUGAUUGAUUUUAAUUCUAUGCGAUUCUUUGAUCGUUUUGUUUAUAAAAAUCCUAAAAAACAAAUUGCUAAACAUGAAAUUCUUCGAAAAAAAUCUCGUCAUGCUGCUGGUCGACUUUAUUUACCUAAAGGUGUUAAAGCAGUUGCUGUUGAUAGCAGUGAAUAUACAAAAUUAAAUUCAAAACAUAUUCCAGCUGAUGAGCGUUUUCUAUAUACUUUUAUGAAAAUGCGACAAGAACAGGGUGAAUCAGCACAAGAGAAAAAGAAACAAAAAACUGUUGAUGAUUUUGAAGGAGAUAUUGAUGAUAAUGAAAGUAUUGAAAGUGUUUCAGAUGAUGAAUUUGAUAAAUAUCUAGACCAUUUUAUGGACGAUAUUGAUAAGAACGAGAUUGAUCUUGAUGAAGAUGAUAACAAUAGUGUUGAAGAUAUUGCAAGUACUGUACAACGAGUUCAUCGUAACGAUGAAUUAACAAAUAAUGAUGAUGAUGAUGAUGAUGUUGAUGACAAGAAGAAGCGCCCUUUUACAUUAAAUGAUGGUGAUGAACUAUCUGAUGAUGAACAACUAGAUGACAAUGCACAUGAAAAAAUUAGUAACCAACAUAUACAUGAAAAUUUUAAAGUGGAUAAUGAACGAGAAAUGAAACAAAUCAAAUGGGAAAUGGAUCGUGAACGUACCUAUACUCAACGAUCUCGUCGUUAUGAUCAACAUAUUAAGAAGACAUCGAAACGAAAACCAAAAUUAACUCGUCGUGAAAAACGACGUCAAAUGAACCCACAACCGAUUAUUAAAAAAAAGAAACGUGUUCAUUUUAGUUGA